GCCAGCUCCUGUCGACGUAAACGUUCCACCAACCGGUUGCUUUCGGGCUCUUGUAUCUGGACAGUUCUGGCACCCCAGGGUGGUGCUGCCAGGUUGCAAAGUAAGAAGCAGAUUUGCACCAAAAAACGCCAGUAGCAGGAACCUUGUUGGUCAGCCAAUAGAGUCAGAGUAUAAACAAUAACGCGAUAUCCAUCCAAAAUAAACAAUAAACAAACGCAUCCAAGGAACGUCGGGGUUGUACACAAUGACAACCCCCGCUUCUCCGCCUCCGACAUCCUCGUCAGUCCAUGCAGAUAGUGCACAGCGGGCUAUCUCCUACCGUGAACGUAUGGGGUCAUCGCCUUUCGUGUUCUUUCCCGACUCAUCUUUGCCAACUCACGACGAAGCCUUUCGAGAAGAUCUCCUCGCCACCUCAGCGGCUGUCCCACUAGAGCGCUUGAAAGAGUAUCUGCCUGGCGAAGUCGUCCCGACCAUGGCGUUCGCAAAGUUAGAGGGGCCGGACUUUGUAUACCACAUCAAAAAGUUGCAGGUGACUCUUGGGCGUAGAGGAUCGUCAGCAGAUCAGGUGGACAUCGACCUCGGUACUUCCAACUCCAUCUCGAGAUUGCAUGCGAUGAUUCAGUUCAACCGUUCUAUUCAAAAGUUUGAACUAGCUGUAUACGGAAAGAAUGGAGUCUGGGUAAAUGGUGAACAUGUGCAUCGCGGUAUGGAUCCCGUCCCUUUGGAGCAUGGCACACAGCUGCGAGUUAGUGACAUUGAAGCGUACUUUAUUAUACCUGGCCUCGACCCACCGAAUCAAGCACCUCACGAGCUGAGAGAAGCCCGCCUGAAGCGGGCAGCCCCACCGAGUACUCUGCCAGAACCUCAAACACGUCUCACACACUCGAUCAAAAAACCUCGAUAUGAACUUUCUUCAUCUCGACCUACCUUCUCAUCUUACUCAAGGCCGGAGCAGCAUCUUGUCGGCGAUAGCACAUUAAUACCGACUUGGCCUCCUAGCGCUAAGUAUCGGGACAUGAGACCACCAUACUCAUAUAUUGCAUUGAUCACCCAAGCCAUCUAUCAAGCCGACGAAGGCAAGAUCACUUUAAACGGAAUUUACAACUGGAUCUCAAAAACGUAUCCAUGGUAUAAAUUAGACCAAACUGGCUGGCAGAAUUCGGUACGACACAAUCUGUCGUUGGGCAGAUGGUUCAUCAAACUCAAGCGCAAUGAGCCAGGAAAGGGUGGCUGGUGGGCUCUUGAUAAAGAUGUCCCACCGCAUGAGCUUGAAGAGAUGUUGACACAGAGGCGUUUCGGGCGCGGGCAAGCUAUUGUCGUAACUCCUUCAAGUAGGGAGCACACGUCCACGUCUCCUAACGAGGAGGUAUCCCCGUUCCCGGCCGAAUCGUUGCCAGUUUCACCUUUCAAAUCUCGGCAAGAACCACCCCAACAAGUUGCACGGGCGGCAACUGGGGAGAUGCCCACAGAAGUGACAGGCUCAGCGUCGCCGCCGCAUAGUGCAGCAUGGACGGACAGCAGCCGCCGAAGGUCGGAGAGACUGAAAGUCCCUCGGCCGUCCUUUUACGAAUAUGAGGGAGAAGAUGUUUUUUGACGGUGAAAAGUCAUUUGGACACUUAGGUCAAGGACAAUGGCAGGCCAUGUAACUACGGUGUUCUGCGUUAUUUCAAGCCUUCACACCAUAGUUCAGUGGGACCUUAAACACUUCUCUUUGUAAAUAUUGAUUGCUCCACCUUGCCAAUUUUGCUUUGGUUUUUUG